AGGAGAGAGAGCGCGCUUACGGCGUGGCUUCGCCGUGGGUGGCCGGCAUCGGGCCGUCCGCGCGUGUGGUCCUGGGGAUGCAGUGAUGCCUUAUGUACUACCUCGCAGGAUGUAAGACGCCAUCGAGCGAGGAAGCUCAAGCGGAGAGAAAGAGCAGAGACUGAUUGAAAUCUCGACUGGUGGAACGGAUCUGAUGUUUUCGAAUGCAAGAUGAUUCUGCUACUGGUGUGUUUAGCUAUUCUCGUGCCUUCGGCGAGACUAGAAUUAGACCAUAGUCACACAGGAGGUGUCAACGAUGACAAUAAAACAUGGUCCGACUUAGGCCCACGCCACAGGAUAAAGGAUCCCAACUUUUUGAUGGACCCAAUGGAUUAUCAGCAUUGCAAGAAGCCUGCGAAAUGCGUGAAGAUGAUCAAUACAACGUGCCUGGGUGCCACGUUACCUUACGACACCACUAGUCUGGAUCUUAUGCCAAAAUAUACUACACAGGAAAUGAUAAUGGAAAAGUUGCACAUUUUAAGAGGCUUGGAGCAUAUCCCUAAAUGCUGGGCUGUUGUGCAGCCAUUUUUGUGUUCUUUGUUUCUACCAAAGUGUGUCAAUGAUACCGUAGAUUUGCCUUCUCAAGAAAUGUGCAAAGUGGUCUCUGGCCCUUGUAAAAUUCUCCUCAAUCAUACAAUAUGGCCAAAUUUCAUCAAAUGUGACAACGAGGAGCUAUUUUCCAGAUCCUGCAAAAGCGAAAUAAGAGAAUUAAAAUUUAACACAAGUUCAAGUUGCCUUUAUCCACUAGUGCCAACAGAUAAUGCCCUUGCUAUUUUUGAAGGCAUUGAUGGAUGUGGCACUGUAUGCAGUGAUCCUCUUUACAAACCUGAAGAAGAAAAACAGAUCCACUCUUUUGUAUUCUGGGCUGCUGGACUUUGUGGCGCAUUCACUCUUUUUGCAGUGGUGACAUUUUUGAUUGAUUGGAGGAGUGCUAAUAAAUAUCCAGCACUUGCAGUUUUUUAUAUUAACUGCUGCUUCUUUGUUAACUGUAUUGGAUGGCUCGCACAAUUCUUACCUGGGAGUAGAGAAGUUAUAAAUUGCAGGAAAGAUGGCACUCUGAGAAUGAGUGAACCAAGCGGAGAUUUUUCCUGUUUAAUAGUAUUCAUUUUGGUAUACUACUCACUCAUGGCAGCUAUGGUUUGGUUUGUUAUCUUGACAUACACAUGGCUCAUGAGCAUCCAAGCACUUGGAAAAAUUCAAGGAAGAAUUGACAAAAAGAGCGCAUACUUUCACCUACUGGCAUGGUUUUUGCCAUUAAUGUUAACUGCGACAAUAAUGGCGUUAGGAGAGAUAGAUGGCAAUCACACUACUGGAAUAUGCUUUGUAGGAUAUAAUAACCAUACUGUUAGAGCAUGGUUUGUGCUUGCCCCUGUUCUGACUUCCUUACUAAUUGGAGGAUACUUUUUGUCUAGGGGCCUUAUAUUGUUGAUUCGUUUGAAGAUUAGCAGUCAAGAAUUUCUACAAGAACAAGCAAGCUCCAAAAUACGAGAAACAAUAGUGAGAAUGGGACUGUUCUCAUUAUUCACACUUGUUGCUGUUCUCGUAACGUUUUAUUGUCACGCAUACGAUUUUGAGCACUCUUCGGAAUGGAAGCAAAGUUUCAGGGAUUACAUCAUCUGCUCAAUAACAUCGAAAUACGCAGAAAUAUCUGACUGCAAAAAAGAACCAAGGCCUAGUGCAGGAAAACUACAAUUCCAUUUACUCUCAGUUUUCUUUUCUGGAAUCUUAAUGUCACAUUGGGUUUGGACAGGUUCAACAGCUGAUACUUGGAUGAGAUUUCUCAGAAGAACUUGCAAUCGCGAAACUGAAGAGCCCGUCAAAUUAAAAAAGCACAAAGUAAUAGCUCAAGCGUUUGCCAAGAGGAAGAUGUUUAAUGAUGCCGGUCGCCUGUCUAUAAGCUUUCGUAAUACUCACGAAGAUCCAGUUGGUUUGAAUUUUGACCUUAAUUCUGUAGCUUCGCAGGAUUUUAGCUCGACCUGGGCUGCAGCUCUACCAAAAUUAGUAACAAGAAGAGGAGCAUUGGUAGGCGCAUCAGUAUCAAGCAACCGAAGGAACUCAACAGACUCGCAAUACAGUUUUAGUUUGCGUCGCGUAUCAGUAGAAUCUAGAAGAAAUUCAUGCGACUCACAAUUCGCGCUGUCCAUUAGUGAAAUGAAAGCAGAAUUGAAGACUAGUAGAGUCAAUAAGAACGGCAAAAGAAGGAAGAAGAUUCCAGAGAGAACUAGGAAAAGAUCUGAUUCUACCAAGAGGGGAAGAAGAGAUCUUGAAAAAUCCAGAUCUGGAAGAAUGAUAUCUACGUUCCGAAGGGGCAGCACGACGUCACAAGAGAGUCAAUUAGGUAUACAGCAACUUUUGUCUGCUCUACCACUUGUGCCAGCUUCGGGUAUGAGUACUGUACCGUUGCAAGUGCCAAAUAUGAGAAGACGCGCAGGCGUGGAUGAAGGUCAACUAGCUCUUAAGCAUGUCGAAAGACUGUUACCAUUCUCAUUCUCGGGACAAAGCGACAGCGAUGAGAAUUUAAGUAGCGAAGAAAAACAGAACGAUGUAAGAGACAAAGACAUCGAUUUGGAAGGAGGCUGCGAAGAAAAGAAUAAUCAAGAUAGCGAGAAUGAAGAUAGUCAACCAGAAGAGGAGACAGAGGAUACAGAGGAGACAAAGAUGUUGGAAUCAGAAGAAAUAUGCGAAAGAAGAAAAAGUAAGAUAAGCAAUAAAAGUUCUAGAAGUUGUAACAGGAACGGAGAUCGACGGACUUCUGCAGAAUGUCAAACUAAAUACCUGGUAGAGGAUGAGACUUUACAACAACUUCUACAAAAAUCUAACGAUGCGAAGGCCAAGAAUGAAGCAGAGAGUAGGAAUAGAAAAUCAUUGAAAGGUGGUGUGGAUUCUAGCUUGUCUCGCAGUCCAGAUGUAUCGAAACUUAAUGGACUUGAUGGACAAUCAAACGCGAGAGAAAUCGCUACUCAAACAAUCCCACUCGACGUGCUCGAAAUGGAAGUACUGAAACAAAGUAUUGAUGAAAUUAUUAAUAGUCGUAGUUGUAGUUCAAAAGGAACUCAAAUUUCUUCCCCACUGAAAAAAAGUAAAAAACAACCAAAGCAAGGCGAUAAAUGAAGAUAUCUAUUAAUCGCUACUCUCUAAUCAAAUUUCAAGUAAAUUAUUGCGUCUAUUUUGGAAUAUUGCGAUUUCAGUGGCGUGUGCGAGCAUAAAGUCGAGGUUGAAAUCAAAACUGUAUAAAGUUAAUAUCGUCUAAGAAUAUCUAUUUUUUAUAGUAUUGUAUCAAUCACGCUCGUGCCUUAUACCGUAAUUUUAUUAAUCGACUGUUUCUCGUUUAUGUGAAUAGGUAUUUUUGUACCUAAGGAAUCUCAAUAUUCACUGCAGGUUUUUUUCUUUCAACGUUCAGACUGUGAUAAGAGACUUCCAUAUCUUACUUUUUGACAUUUAUUUGGACUCGUCAAAAUAUGCGUAUUUUUAU